AACACUAGGCGUCGUGGCGACGGUGGCAAAUCAUGGGGUCGUCGACGCAAGAUACGGUGAGGGCCAGAGGUGGGCGACGUUUUAAACUAAUGAGCGCAAUGGACGGCGACAGAGUGCGAGAGAUAUUAGUUCCAAAGCCACCGGCAAGAAAAACGGUCGACUUCACGAGAGGAAACGGUCGAAAGACGCCUCAAAUGCGCGUGAAAUUAGGCAGCGAGAGUGUCAGUUCGUUAGACAGGCCGUCGGCUGUGAGUGUGUUGGGAGACAGUCGCGUUCCUCUCUUGAUAAGUCGAAACAACAGACACAGUCUGAGACGGUCACAAGUGCUGCCCGCCAUCGGGACACAAGACAGUGGAUGUUCUGUGCAUGAGCAUGUAGUCAUGUCGAGUCAGAAUCAGAAGUAUUCUGCUCGUUUUCCGCUGCCCGAUGAGCCACCAUUGUCGAGCACGUGUGUUACUGUCGGUCUGAGAUUGUUAGACGGUCGACGAGUCGAGAGACGGUUUCAUGAGAACGACAAGCUUGGGAGUGUCGUUUGCUAUGCCGAGGAGGUCAGUGGUGGUUCGCUGCCUGGAUGCUGUGAAUUGCUAGUUGGUGGUUUGGCCGAGAAAUGUUUGGGAGAGAGCGAGUUGGAAAUGACUUUGAAGCAGCUGGAGAUCAGAAAUAGAACAUUGCUGUAUCUCCAAGAGAGGGAUGAUGAUGGAUGACAACACUAUCACUUGUAUUGUAAGCCACAAGAAAAUGAGAGGUGGCUGUUUGUGAAUUGAUGUCGCACAAGCUUUCCAGUCCGAUAUGAGGAAAAUCAAUAGUUUACAACAGACUAUGUGUACAGCUGUAUUACUUAUACGAAUAGUCACUGAAUAAACAGUGUCAUGUGAUUUAAAUGGUUUGUAUCCUACAUCAAUAUCACCUGUUGCCAUGCAGAUUCAGAAAUUCUUACCGACCAACAAACAGAAGGACCGGCUGUGUUAACACACUAGAGUAGGUCCUCGUCGUCAGUAGCAACUGACCACUGGUAGUUUUACUCCUCGUUUUAUUAUUGAAAAAUUUUAUUAAACAAAAUGUAAUAGAAACACUGCGAGAAAGCUGUCU